UCAGGCCGAUGCACAAGUGGGAACUAUAUUGUUUCUUCAUAAACUAUGCGGAACCUAUUUACUGGGACACGUGGCUCCGUGGAUUAGAUGAUUUCUUGACUUGGUGUCUGGUCUACUUUGAGUUGAGGUGUGAGAUGGCAGUGCCAGCGGCCGGGGGUGUCGACCUCAGUCGGAAAUUUGUGUCAGAGACCGAGAUCGAGGAGAAAAGGAAGCAAAGACAGGAAGAAUGGGAAAAAGUUAGGCAGCCAGAGGACCCAGAGAAGGCUCCCGAGGAAGAGUAUGAUGGGCGUUCACUGUUUGAGCGGCUACAGGAGCAGAAGGACAAGAAGCAAGAGGAAUACGAUGAGCAGUUUAAAUUCAAGAACAUGGUCAAAGGCCUGGAUGAGGAUGAGUCUCACUUCUUGGAUGAGGUCUCCAGGCAACAGAGCCUGGUGGAGAAGCAACGCAGAGACGAGGAGCUGCAUGAACUAAAAGAAUACAGAAGUGCUCUGAAAAAACUGGCAUCUAGUGAGAGUCGGAAGGAGCCCGAGAGGAGGGCGGGUCCUAAACCAGCAGAGGUCAAGACCAGUCACCUGUCCCAGGCACACCUGUUGGCUGGGGCGUUCAAGCGACGCAGCUCUUCACAGUCCUCAGACAAUAGCAAGAAACAGAAGGUUGAGGAGUCUGCAGCAGGGAAUGGGGGCCAGACAGAGCAGGAGGCGGGCAGAGGUGUGGUUGAGCAGGGCUCCACAGUAAAGACCGGUGUUCUCCACCUUCCAUCGGCCGCCGUGUGUGUGGGCAUCCUGCCGGGCAUGGGAGCCUACUCCGGCAGCAGCGACUCGGAGUCCAGCAGCGACAGCGAAGUUUAAAUCCCUGGCAGCCUAACCUGAUGACAUCCCCCUGUGGCUGCAGCUCUGCUAUUGGCCAAGGAAACAGUGACUGACAGCUGUGGAUCAAGGACAAGACUGCUAGACUGUCACGUCACAUUCAUACCUUACCUUAGACAACAUCAAGAAAGCGAGCCAGAGCUUAGUCUCACACGCAAUGUAUGUGGAAAUGCUUUUCCUUUGAGUUUUUUUUGUUUAUGUGUCAGUGCGAAUAAUGCUGGAUUUUAAUGGAUUUCUUUCUCUCCAUGAAAAUGUGGGUUUCAUCAUGGGAUGAUCAAGGCUUGGGUAGAAGAAAAUAAAACGUUUUUCUGUUUU